GAACCAGGAAAAAUUGAAGCAGAGUUUGGCCAAAUGAGUACCGAAACAUUUGUAAAAAAGUUUUUGACAAUCCGAGAUCCGACACAAAUUCACAUUUCUAAAGAGAAAGGAUAUGUAGCUGGUGAUGCCCCGGUUAGCUUGCCCCCUUGGUUAUCAGAAGAAGACAUCGAAUACUUUGCUAACAAACUCGACAAGACUGGUUUUUCUGGUGGACUCAACUAUUAUCGAGCUCUUCAUUUGAACUGGGAACUGAGUUCAGCAUGGCGGGGAGGUAAAGUGAUGGUGCCAUCGAAAUUCGUGAUCGGGGAUCUGGACCUGACCUAUCAUAUGUCGGGGAUGAAGGAGUACAUACACGAUGGUGGUUUCGUGAAGGAUGUUCCAUUGUUGGAGCAAGUUGUGGUGAUGGAAGGUGCAGCCCAUUUUAUCAACCAAGAGAAGCCUGAUGAGAUUAACCACCACAUCUUUCAAUUUCUGCAGAAAUUCUAAUUUUGUUUUUAU